UUAAAAAUUAUAGAAAUACAACAUCAAUACCGUAGAGUUAGCUACGCAUUACUUCGGCUCAUUACGGGCCAUGAUACUGGUGAAAAUAACGAUUCUGUAAAUGAUGAGGGUGCAUGGUGCUGGAGAGAUGGAUGUAAAGCUUGUCUUAGUCUUACUAAAGCCCUCCAAUCCACUGUUGAAAGCAUGCAAGCAAUUGCAGAUAUGUAUAAAUCACAUACAAAUGACACGUGUAUUCCAUGGAUCGAAAAUUUUAUUGAAUAUAGCUCCCCUACUAGAAGCUAUGAAGUUUUGGUCGAUAUGCAUAUGGGUACACAUAGAAAAUUUAAGGAAGUCUCAGAAGAAAAUAUAAGUAAAGACCCAGAAUAU